GGACUCUGUAGAGCGUGUUAAACGAUGGACGGAGAGGCUCGGGACUGAACCGAAUGCUCGGACAUCCUUCACACAGAAUUCAUGGAGGGCUUUGAGGAGCGCUGGGUCAAGAACAAGUCCAAGGAUGACGACAGCGAUGCUGCUGGUGAUGACGAGCAGAAUGUCGAUGACGACGAAACGGAGGGCCAGGGUACAAAGACAGUCACGAAGAAACGGAAGCAGAAUCUUUACGGGUUUGAAGACGACGAGAGCGACGACCAGGACCCUCGCGAAGCCGGGGAAACGGCUGUUGGUGAACAUGAUGAAGAUGAAGAUGAGGACGAGGGCGAAGAUGAUGAAGACGACUACGACAUUGAUGCUGAAAUGGAUGCCUUUGAUGAUAUCAUCGGGCUUGAUCGUCUGGAUCAGAACAGCGAUUUGGAUGGGGAUGACGAUGAUGACCAAGAUGGCUUUGGUGGAUAUGGCGAUGAGGACGAGGGUGAAGAUGAUGACGAGGGUGAAGAUGAUGACGAGGGUGAUGACGACGAGGAUGUGGACAAUGACGAUAUCGAUAUCGAUGAGGACGACGACGAAAGUGACGGCAGCGAUGAUACCCACGAUCGGGUUUCCAAAAGAAGCAACUCCUCCGUCAAAGACUCAAAGUCCUCUGAUUCGCCGAGCACAAGGACAUCUGGUGAUGCAGCUCCUCUGGUUGUGUCCAAGUAUGUCCCGCCACAUCUCCGAGCAGCCGCCAGCACCAAGGACGAGCAGUACAUGAGACUCAAGAGGCAGCUGCAGGGCCAUCUGAACAAGCUCAGCGAUGCCAACCUCGAAAGCAUCUUUUUUGAGAUCGAAGCCGUAUAUAGCACCAACCGUCGACAUGAUGUCACUGAGAUUGUCACCGAGCUGGUGCUGAACUACAUCGGCAAUCACGCCAACUUGCUCGACUCGUUCGUGCUCACCUAUGCGGCGCUGCUGGCGUGUCUCUACAACGUCAUGGGCACCGACGUUGGCGCCUUCUUCAUCCAGACCAUGAUCGAACGAUACGAAAAGGGGCACGCCGAGUACUGCUCCAGUUUCGCGAGCGACCCCGACAGCGCCGAGCUGCAGAACAAGCAAUGCUCCAAUUUGACGACGCUGCUGGGCCACCUGUACAAUUUCCAGGUGGUUUCGUGUGUCUUGGUGUACGACAUCAUCCGCAUGUCGAUCAAGAGCCUGACGGAGCUGGAUGUGGAGAUCUUGUUGAAGCUGCUGAGGAUCUCGGGCCAUCAGUUGCGCGCGGACGAUGCCACGGCCCUCAAGGAUAUCGUUGUGAUGGUCCAGGACGAAUCCGCCAAAAAGUCGAUUGCAACAAAUACCCGCUACAAGUUCAUGAUGGAGACCCUGACGGACUUGAAGAAUAACAAGCGCAAGCACAAGCAAGUCGGCAACGACACUUCGCAGCAGCAUGACAAGCUCAAGAAGUUUGUCGCCAACAUCAUCAAGAAGCGAGCGGUGAGCGGACACGAGGGUCUGCGAGUUACCCUGGACGACAUCCACCAAAUCGACACCAAGGGAAAGUGGUGGCUCGUCGGAUCAGCCUGGACAGGACACGACUCGGACAAGAUCAUGGCCGUCCAGGAAGCCAGCACCCAGGCGACAACGGACCUGCUCAAGCUCGCGCGCGCUCACAAGAUGAACACGGACGUUCGGCGGAGCAUCUUUGUGGUGCUCAUGAGCAGCGAAGACUGCGUCGACGCCUACGAGAAGCUGAUGCGGCUCGGACUCCGGGACAAGCAAGAGCGCGAGAUCGUGCGGGUGCUCGUCCACUGCUGUGCCGUCGGCAAGAUCUACAACCCAUACUACGGGCUGAUCGGCAAGACUCUGUGCGAGUCCAACCACGGGUUCAAGAUCACGUUCCAGUUUGUCUUCUGGGAUCUCUUCAAGGAGAUGGAAAGCGGGGACUUUGAGGGCGGCGUCCGGCGAAUCAGCCACCUCGCCAAGCUGCUGGCCUAUCUGGUCUCUGUCGAUGCACUCACAUUGGCGGUCCUCCGGACCCAAAGCUUCACAUCGCUCAACAAGCUGCAGGUCUUGUUCGACCAACUCUUCUUUGCGGCACUGUUGGGCUCGCUCACGAGCAAGUCAGCAUCGGGUCGGUCCUCUGCCGAUCCCGAUGCACCUCUGCAGGCGCUGCUUUCGAAGAUUGCCCAGCCCAACUACGAGGCCCUGCGCGAAGGACUGGCGUUCUUCCUGUCGCAGCAUAUGUCUUCCCAGAAGCUCGAGCAUGUCAGCGUCAUCCAGCCUGAGGAGCGCGAGACGAUCAAAAAGCGAAUCAAGAAGGCCAAGGCCGUCUUGCUGGGCCAGGCCGUGCUCUAGUUUUGUGAACGAGACUGGAUCAACAGAGCUGCACGUAGACUCGUGCAAAACCACCCUUUGUCAAUCCCAAGAUGGUCAAGAGAUUGAGAGGGCACGGGCGAAGAAUACAAACGACCGCUCUAUUCAUCGCUUGAAGCGCAGUGGGACAUCAUGGGGCCGCCCAUCGAGCACACCGGUAGUCGGGAUAGAUGGUAGUCAUAGAAAACACAAAACAUAGCCCGCCAGUCGGUGCAAGU